GAGCUACGGCGCCGCUUCAGGACCUGCACGCGUGCUCUGGCGCAGCGUCUCCCAUCUAUUCGUACCGUCUACGGACCCGUGCGGUACGGCUGGCGACCGCUGGGCAGCCGUGCGCUCUGGCAGCCUGUCAAUCUUGUGGCAGCCCCAAUUGAUCGACAUGGUGCGACUGCGAAGACUGCGUUUGCAACAUUGACAGCGCUGAACACCGAAGAUGUUUAGACGCGCGUCGCUCCUGCUCGCUGGCGCAGCAGCAGCGCCACCUUGGUCGGCGUGGGACGCAUGCGCCGCGACGUACGCCCGCAGCGUCGCGGCCAUCUUCCCGCGCCAUACCACAAACGAAAUACUAACAAAGCUCCCACCACCGACGACCAACCACCCGCCUGCUUCCGACCGAACGCCGCUCGUGCUCCUUGCGCCGGGCUCCAGCGGCACGGCGUCGCUCUGGUGGGCAAGCGCCAUGCUAAACCUCACGUCUAAGCACCACAAGGACGUCUGGCUGAGGGGCGGUCGCUGCGGAGCGCGCGUGCGGAACCGCGACAAAAGUUACAAGCCAAAAUUGCUGUUCACAAAGGGCUGCGGGGGACGAGGCUGCGAGUUUGUAGCUGAUUGGCCCGCGCAAGUCUCCCUAUCAACCUACUGGUCCCUCGCACCAGCCGCGCGCUUCAUCAUGAUAGACUUCGACGCCGACAACUGGCGCGCCACGCGGCUCACGUUCCGAGGCGGGUGGUGUACUAACGCUAAGAGGCCGGACUGCCGCGUUCCGCUUGCCUUCGACGCCGACGACGCGUGGCAUGACACGGCGGUCGCCGUCGCGACUGCGAACCAGACGGCCGCCGCCGCGGCCGCGCUCAAGGCGUUCCUCCGAUGCGUCGUUCCGCCGUCUCAGCUCCUGUGGCUGAAUUGGCAGAUGCCGACUCCCACGUUGUGGGCGCGACUCAGCGAAUUCGCGCGCGUCCCGUUACCGCCGACGCUCGACACGACGUACUUCCCCCGGAGCCGCACCGUCGACAACCAAAAGAGCUGUGCCUUCAACCGCGGUUCGUGCAAGGACGCGCUGGCGUGCGUCAUGUGGGACGCGUGCGCGGGCGUGUGCCACGGUCGCUGCUCGACGUCGAGGAUUCCAGAAUUCGAAUGUAGUAACUUGUUGUGAACAACC